UUAGAUAUGACAAAAUAAGAGGUCUUUAUUUGCAAUCCCCCACUUCCUCCGUCAUUGAUUUCUUUCCUCACUCAUAUCAUGCCUCUUAGAUUCUCUGUUUGCUGCAUCACACACAAAACUCUUUCUUCAAAAUUGGUUGUGUUGAUCUUGGGUUAGAGAAAAGAACACAUCUUUCCACCUUUCUUUCAAUUUUGACAUAAUCGCAGUUGGGAGUUUGCUUUAUCUGGAUCCCAUGUAAUCUGAUGAAAACAUAAUUGAGGUGUAACCUAAUUAUUGGGUUUAUGGGUUGAUUCCCAUAUUUUGUUUUUCAUAUUGAAGUUGUGAAGUUGGUUGAUUCCCAUUCUCUUGUCCAUAUAAAAAAAAAGAAAAAAGCCAACCUGGUGCUCUGUUUCUGCUGCUGGGUUCUGGUUCUUCUCUACCCAUUUCCAUUAACCAAUGGUUGAACCAAAUAGCAAGGGUGGUUACAACUUGAGAAAAAGAAAGAAGAAAGAUGUUGCUGACGACAUGGUCAGUGGAUUGCCGGAUGAAAUUCUUGUGAGUAUACUGUCUCUGUUGCCCCUAAAGGAAGCACAAGCUACUAGCAUCCUUUCUAGGAGGUGGCAGUAUUUGUGGGCCUAUAGUACCAAUCUCAACUUUGAUGGUGAGAAAAAUUUAAUGAGAUUGAAUGAGCUCAAAGGAGAAGCGUGCGAAUUGGAAAUGUGUAGGUACGUCAAUUGGGUGGAUAGUGUGUUGAAACAGCAUAGAGCCUUAAACAUCGAGCGAUUCAGGGUUUUUUUUAAACUUGGUCCUAGAAUUUGUAUUGAUGAAUGGAUUCAAUUUGCAAUGAGGAAAGGAGUUCAAGUGCUUGAGUUGGACUUCUCUGCAUAUAUCCGUUAUCUAUUGAUUGGGAAAUACAGAUUUAGUAACAAACUGUUAGGUAUCAGCGAAACCUCUGGUUUGAAGUCCUUGUGUUCUGAAUACAUUGGUUUUAAGUGCCUCAAAGUUUUUGAUUUGAAAUCAGUUGAUGUAGACCAAGAAGUUCUUGAGUACUUCAUUUCAAACUGUCCUGUUCUCGAACGACUGGUCGUGUAUGGUUCCUCAUCAUUGGUUAAUCUGAGAGUUGUUGGUCAUUCAAUUGCAUUGAAGUACUUGGUGAUACGAAGAUGUGAAAAUAUCAAAACCAUUCAAAUUUGUGAUGCAAACCUAGUUUCAUUUUGUUAUGAUGGAUAUGUGAGAAACUUGGUUCUUAGUAAUCUUCCACUACUUGUUGAGGUUUCCAUUGUUGGAUGGUUGCCACAUGAUUUCUUAGAGAUUACCUUCUUUCACCUGUCCUGCUGUCUUUCUCAACUGGAGAUUCUCAAUCUCAAUUAUAUGAAAGCGUGUUGUGAAAGGGAUCCCAUAAUUCCUUCAUUACCUAAUCUCAAGCGUUUGGAAUUAGCAAUUUAUGAAACUGAAAAUUUUGCUCUUCUUCAUCUCGCAUCUUUCAUAAAGAAAGCUCCUUGCAUGCAUACACUUGUGUUGCGGUUAUCACAAUCAUGGAGUAAAAAAAGUCCCUUUGCCAAGAAGACAGCUGCAAAAUGCUCCCAUGAUCGUCUAAAGGUGGUGGAAAUAGUAGGGUACAGUGGCCUCAGCCGUCAGAUUGAACUUGUAAUGUACUUGACAAAAACUGCAAGUAAUCUGGAGAAAAUUGUUUUUGAUUCUGUUAAUUCUUGGAGGCCAAGAUUCGACAGACUACGAGAUCUUGUAGUGGAGAAGGAAGAAUUGUCAAGAGCUCAGGCCCUGCAGCUUAAAAGAAAAUUGCCAGCAACUCUAGAAGUUGUGUGCCUGUAGCUACAACAGCCUUAGUAGAAACUACAUUGCUAAAUUAUUUGUAUUGAAUAAUGAAUGCUUCUUUUUAAUUUGUUGUUAUGAAAACUACAAGCUCAAUUUGCAGUUGAAUUAAUGAUGAAUGUUUGUAAUAUACUGCACCGCUUAAAUGGUGUUUUGCAAA